AUGUUUGGCGCAACAAUAAAUUUAAGAGAUAUCAAGAAGCGAUGUAGCUGGAAAACCGUAAAAACAUUAGAUGAUAAAGAAAUUGGUGAGCAAGAUUUUAUUUUGGUUAAAAAAUAUAUUAAAAGAUACGGAGGACAGGACGAAAUUAUUGGAAAAGACGGCAAGUUUAUAAAGCUACAGUGCGGGAACUUGAUAGUACAAGAUAAUGCACUUCCUUUAUCAGAAGACAAACAAUUUGAAGACGCAUUGAUGAGUCCCAAACUUAAGCAAGACGAUUUCGACGGUACCUAG